CGUGCGAUCCUACGAUAGGCGCUGUUUUUAUUUCUGUUACGCGAGCUAUACACGUAAUAAUAAGUAGUCGAAUAGUGCCUUACUAACAAACGUGUUAUUGUGAAAAAUAUAAGCCGUUUAGUGCGAAAUACUACGAUUCUAAAUCCCGGCUUACUUAUCGACCCUGUCUGGAGCGAAGCCCUAAUAAAUUAUAGCGAUGAAAGUGUGACCGAAUGGUGAAAUCAAAGUAAUAUUUUAAAUCAUGAACCGUGCGUAAAAAAUCAUAAUGAGUCAAAGACAACACCGAUCGAAGAUGGAGGAGGCGGUCAUCCAGAGUUUCCUUAAAUUUCUACGGGCGACGAAGGCGUUUUUGGACGCGCUGAGCGAAUCGGGAGCGGCGUGCGUGUCGCGUGCCACUGCGAUCAAAUUCUUGCUCGCGCGCAAGUUCGAUGUGGCUCGCGCGCAUGCGCUGUGGCGGCAGCACGAAGCCACGCGGCGACGCGAGGGGCUCAACAAAUUCGAGCCCUUCGAAGAUCCGCUCAAAUCCGAAUUAGAGACAGGAAAAUUUACUAUAUUGCCAACGCGAGACGCGACCGGCGCCGCGAUCGCAGUUUUUACAGCAAACAAACAUUUUCCUACUCAAACAACACAUCAGAUCACAUUACAGGGCGUGGUGUAUCAAUUGGACGUUGCUUUACAAUCGGUGGAGACGCAACGCGCCGGCCUGGUCUUCAUAUACGACAUGACCGACUCCAAGUACACCAACUUCGACUAUGAACUGUCGCAGAAGAUUCUGACCAUGUUGAAGGGUGGCUACCCGGCAAAAUUAAAGAAGGUGCUGAUAGUGACCGCGCCUCUCUGGUUCAAGGCGCCAUUCCGGAUCCUGCGGCUAUUCGUCCGCGAGAAGCUGCGUGAACGCGUGCAUACAGUGAACGCGCCUCAGCUUGGCUUACACGUGCCGCGGUCCAGCUUGCCCAAGCAGUUGGGGGGGCAACACGAACCGGACCACGCUGCCUGGUUGGAGCACUGCAAGAACUGUUACACGAACAAUCUGCAGAACGCUAAACUAGACGCCGUCAUUGACGAAUAUGUAAUCAGUAAUCACAUACCGCCUAUCAAGCCGCAAAAUGGUAUAAUCGAGCACGAGGGCGAAUGUGACAUGACCAGUGACCGCGCGGCGCGACUGGGCGACAACAAGACAGACAUGCACAUCAGCGGCGACCCUCCUUACACCUGCGACCCCAGUCCGCUCAGACACACGCAUGGUUACAAUGGUGACAUGAAGAGCAGACAUAUUAAUUCCGGGGACGAAGAUGACAUAGACAUAAGCACUCGCGGCACAUGGUCGUCAGGCGAGGUGUCGCCGGGGCUGUCGGACGAGGAGGCGGGCGGCGGCGGCGCGGGCGAGUCGCCGGCCGCGCUGCUGGCGCGCGUGCGGGCGCUGGGCCGCCGCGGGCUCGCCGCCGAGUACGACGAGCUGCGCUCCAGGCCGCCGCAGGGCACCUUCCAUCAUGCCAAACUGCCGAGCAAUCUAGCCAAGAAUCGCUACACAGAUGUCCUAUGCUACGACCACUCGCGCGUGCUACUCUCGCAGACGGACCCUGACGAUACCACCACAGACUAUAUCAAUGCUAACUACGUUGACGGAUAUAAACAGAAGAAUGCUUAUAUUUGUACGCAAGGUCCUCUGCCGAAGACUUUCGGCGACUUCUGGCGCAUGGUAUGGGAGCAGGGUACCCUAGUGGUGGUGAUGACGACGCGGGCCGUGGAGCGCGGCCGCGUCAAGUGCGGGCAGUACUGGCCGCUCAGCGAGAACCAACACGCCGUGUACGGAGACUUCGCCGUCACCACGCAGGCCGUCGAACAUGAAGAUGAUUAUACUAUUACGCAUUUAUUGCUCAGUGAUCUGAGGCGAGAGCAGUCCCGGCGCAUCUGGCACGGGCAGUACACGCGCUGGCCGGACUACGGCGUGCCGGGCGGCGGCAGCGCGCAGCCCGUGCUGCGCUUCCUCACGCUCGUGCGCCGCGCGCAGCACCUCGCGCUACAGGACCUUGGAGACGCGUGGGCGGGACACAAUAGGGGACCCCCGAUAGUCGUCCAUUGCUCAGCCGGCAUCGGCAGGACAGGCACGUUCCUGACGCUGGACAUCUGCGCGUCGCGGCUGGCGGCGGAGGGCGCGCUGGACGUGCGCGGCACGGUGGAGAGGAUCAGAGCGCAGCGGGCGCACUCCAUACAGAUGCCCGACCAGUACGUCUUCUGCCAUCUCGCGCUGCUCGAGUACGCGGUUAUGCAUGGCUACCUAGACUCUGCGGACCUGACCGGGUUCGAUGAAGAUAAUGAGGAGGAAUCCGAAUGAAGACUGUCUCGUCCGUCCUGCGGCGUCCUGUGAGCCGCAGUGCAGUGAAUGUUAGCCAAGUGACUACUAACUAUACAGUGUUUAUAUUGCUGUCCCACCCACCCACGUGUCUCGGCCCGACCGACGUAACCUUGUAACGCCGCCACAACUGCACAAACGAGAUAUGUGUUCAUUAGUAUAGAAGCGGCGGAACACGACGGACGUCUGCAUGCUACGACGAGGUGCCGCAUCGGCUGUCAGCUCAUAGCUUAAGCUAAAUAUACAUUCAAUGAAGAAACGUUCCUCUACCAUGAAUAUGAACUCAAAUAAAUAUCAGAUAAUGGGAAGGAAGCCUCCUAACAAGUAUUUAUUUGCAUAUUAUAAAAAUCUUUGUAACCAAAAAUAUUUCCACGAUUAUUUAGGUUUUAAAUAUUUAUUUAUACAAUGUAAGGAGUUAUGGCUGUGUGAAGUUUUGUCUGUAACUUAUGUAGUUAUGUUUAUUUUGUAUUUCAAUAAAUUAUUAUUAUGUAAAUGCCAUGAAAUCAUAAUAUGUACUGUACAUGUGACCGCUGAAUUCAAAGUUUCGCACGAUUUUAUAUACGUUGAGGUGCUGGUAGGCUUAAAACGUUAAUUCAUGUUAAUCAUUUAUAUAUUUCAUUCGCGUAUUGUCGCAUAAUGAUAUGUAUUAUACAUUUUUAUAAUCGUCAACGCUCACGUCGAGCUAUUAUAUGAAUUGUAUGCACUGAGGCAUCUAGACGUCGUUACGAAUUAUUAUAAAUUUAUUAUAUUAUAAACUGUUUGUUCCAGGAUGUUCGAUUCGCGAAAUUUCCAAUAGCCAUGGACGUAAUUUUUUACAUGACUUUCUUCAUUAUUUUUAACUAAAAUCUAUAUGUUAUUACAAUGUUUUACAGUUAGCAUAUAGUAAAAAGAGAAUAUGAGCAUUGUAUGCCAUUAAUUAUUUAAGCAUGCACUGAUUUAGUUAGAUUGAAUUUACAAAUAUAAGUUGACAAUUAUUUUAACAGCUAUUGAAGAUUUUGCGAAUUGUUCGUUCUGCAACUAAACAUUAUAAAUUUGACAUAGACUGAGUAAUGUUAAUAUGUUCUAAAAGUUUACACGCGGCCCGUCGUACUAGCGUAAAUUUAUUAUAACCCUCUUGUUGAAAUCAAUCUUUAUUUUUAACAUGUUCUUUUGAAAUAUAAGUAUAAUAAAUAACAAUAAAUGUGAAGAAAGUAAAGGAGUAUAUUUUGGAGUGACAACAUAUUUAUUUUUCAUAGAAAGCAUAGCGACAUAUCUAAUGAAUGACAGAUCUAUAUAUUUAGAAUCGCCGUCCUGUUACGUAACGUACAUAUCGCAGUAGACGAGAGUUCUGUUUGUCCGCGCGGACAGUUUCCUUCCUGCAAUGUGAAUCUCUUGUACAGUCCCUCCGCGCCAUACACUGUUGCUCGAACUAUCCUUGUGUUAACUGUCGUGUACUCUGCCUCCCGGUGCUUCAGGCCCGCUUACUCUCCCGCGCACGACAUACUUGUAAACAAUACUAUUAUUUUAUUUGGCACUCGGUGUAAAUAUUUGUUAUGCAGUCCUGCGAGCGAUAGUACGUUGGUCUGACACUAAAUAAAUAACAAUGUAUCCAAACAAGUUUCUCUUAUAACAUUGUUUCAUAUUAAGUAAUUGUUAAUCUGAAACGUCUGUUGAUUCUUAUAUCUGUAAAUACUUUAUAAUUACUUUCUGUUCUAAAUUUAAAUUAAAACCCUUGUGAAAAUACGUGUGAAAUAAAAAAUCUUGUAAUAUAUUGA